UAUGAGCACCGUUUAAAUGUAAACAGGAAGUGUUUUUACCUUUUUCGUGACUGACAAUAAGUGAUAAAUUUACAUGUUUAAAAGUGCUUACAAAGAUUUAACUGCUUAUUUGCCAUGUUAAUGGUUUAAAAUGGGGCCCGUGAAAGAAUCAGAUUUGCUGAAAACCGUGAAAGAUAAUAACAGAACUAAAUUUUUGAAAUAUCUAUCUCCUGAGAAAGGUCGUAAUUCAUCAAAGAAGCUAGGCAUUGUAGAAGAUCAAUCAACACCUGGAGGAAGAAUACGCCUCAAACUAGCUCAUGUAAACAUAGACUGUCACGAGGAGAGUACUGGCUAUACACCUCUAAUUAUAGCUGUUCUUAAUGGAAACAAAGAUAUUGUAGAAGAUUUAUUGUUUCAUUCUGCCGAUGUCAAUUGCCAGGAUGUUAAAGGAAAUACUGCCCUUCAUAUGGCUGUGUUUGCGGGUAAAGUUGACUUGGUAGACAUUCUCCUAAACAACAAAGCAAGGGUAAACAUACAGAAUAGUGAUGAGAACACGGCAUUACAUAUAGCCUGCCAGGCAACCUAUGAGAGUAGAGUACACAUUAUGCUCAAACUUUUACAGAAAGAUGCAGAUCAUAUGUUGUUUAACAAAGAUGGGAAGACACCAUUAGAUAUAGCAGCCAUGUUUAAUAAAACAGAUGCAGUAUCAGUUUUAUUGGAUCAUGAUCAGAAUCUGGAGGAGUGCAAAAGAAAAUCUACACGUUCAAACACAUUAGCCAUGAUUGAGGCCUCGAUAAGGGGCUACAAAGAUGUGGUAGAAAUGAUGUUGGAUUAUGGGUACGACCCUAAUGCACUUGACCAAGACAGGGACACAACUGCAUUAAUGGAAGCUGUUAGAUUUGUGAGGAUUCCUGUUGUGGAAACAUUGUUAAAGUAUGGUGCUAAAACAGAUGUUAAAAAUAGUAAAUCAGAGUCACCUGAAAGUCUGCUCAAAUCUCAGAAACUGCCACAGUCUAUGGUUGAAACAUUUGAAGAAAUGUUUGAAGAAUACAAAAAGUCAGGCGCCACAGAAAGUCCUAGAUUUCUGAAGAUUCUAUCAAGAGGCAUUUCAAUACAAGGAAUUAAAGAUUUUCCUUUGUUGCCAAAUGAUACAUCCUGGACACGGAACACCCUGGAAUAUUGUAAUAGCUGUACCCCAAAUGCUCCAAACACGAACAUUCUUAACGAUGACUUGACUAGUUGUUGGAUAGCUGCAGAAGUUCACCAUGCAUGGACAGUACUUGAUCUCAAAUACCAGCAUACCAUCACUGGAAUCACUAUUUAUGGAUGGGAUAGCCCACAAAUGGUUAGAGCUUUUGAGCUUCAGAAAGGUAGAACACUAGAAGGGCCUUGGUCUACUGUGGUUCCAUGUGCCUGUAUAAAAAUAGGCAGCACAUCCUUGUCAAAACCAGGAGUUCCUCAGACAUUCACAGACUUCACGGCUCGUUCACGUUACUGGCGUUUACUGUUGGUAGACAACCACGGAGGGAAAUGUAUAUGUUUUCACGGUAUACGUUUCUAUGGAGCAGACGACAGAAUCAGACAACUGUUGAAGGAGAACGAUAUGGAUCAUUAUGCAGACGACAUUGUGUCGCUGGGUUUCAACACAUACAAGAAGUUUUUACUGAUAGAUGAUGACUCAUUAAAAGAGGCGGUUAGUGACAAAGAUGAUAGAAACAUUAUUCUUAAAUCUCUAGAGAGAGACAGACCUAAAGAAUUUCAUCCUGCCUCUCUGUCAUGGUUAGUGCCACCUGUCACUUUUGUUAAAGAAGGGGAGGUAAUUCCAGAUUUCAGCAUCAAGUCUUCACCAGGAGUCAAAACAAGAGUGAAGUUGGUUUCUAGUCAAGGUGUACAGAUCAGGGGUGUUACAGAAGUUAUGUUACAGUCAGACUCAUUAACCGACCCUUCUGUUGCUAAAUUCUCAGGCAUUAUAAUAGAUACAGUAGGUAAACAUGUAUUGACGAUACAGUGUGUUGAUUUUGAGAGAGUACAAAUAUGUACACCUCAACCUAUAGAGAUAAGUAAGUACAACAGAUGAACUAUUAAUCUAUUAAAAGAUUAAACUGCUGGAAAGGUGAUUAGACUUUGC